UUCCUUCCCCAAAUCCCUAACUCGUUCUGCCCUAAACCCUCUCCCCAUGAUUCGCCCCAAUUUUUGCGUAAUACUAGUACUGAUACUAAAUUGAGUUUCUGCUGAUGACCGGAAACCUGUAGGCCUGUUAGAUCGUGAGAGAGCAGAGUCGGACCAGAUUUUCUGUGCAUUCAAAAGCUGUGAAUCCAGUUUCAAAGAAGCAGUCUUUGUUCAUUUACAAUUUCGGUUGAUUGCUUGAGUUGGUGGGUCAUGAAGUAUGUUUGGAUCCUUUUUAGUAUUCAAGAGAAGGUUCUUAUAUCCCAAUUUGGCUAGGCUUUUCUAAUGGCAAAGCUGUUAGGGUUCAAUGUUGGAUGGUUUAUGCUGGUCUGGCAUUUGUUGAGAAAAUGACAUUGUGUUAUUCAUUUAGCUUUAGGCGUAGAUUAUCCGAUUCCAUCGAAUGUUACUCUGUUUGUAUUUUAUUGUGAUUGUAGAGAGAAUUCGCCUCCUAAUGAACCUUGGUGUAGACUGUCUCAUUUUACCAAUGUGGAGUUCUAUGAUUUUCAACCUUGCUUGGACAGAAUUGGGAGUUUCUGAUGUAAAGUUCACAAGUCUUCAUAGUUGGGAAUUAUUUUUGGUAUCCUUUAUUCUGUUGUUCCUUAGUUGCUUUGGUUGUGGAGAUGCAAUGCUCAUAUGGAGGGUUUUCAUCAAAAGUACAUUUAAUACACAGUGAGUUCAGGUUUUGGUGUGAUGGAGGUGAAAUCUUGGCAUAUGAUCAAACCAUGAUGAAAGUACAUAUAAUCCCUUUAUUCCUGAGAGAAAAAGAAAAAGAAGCAAAAAUUAAUGAUAACAGCCUGGAAGAUUCAUAUUUGUGUAAGCAAGGAACAUUUGAUCAUUUGAAGACCAACUUUUGCAGAAAAAAGUUUGUUUACAGCUGCUUCCUUGGGCAAUCUUGUCUUUUGAAGGAAUAUAUUGCUCUUUGAUGGUCUAUUAGAAGAAUUGAAAAUACAGAAACUUGGAUACUUAUAUCAACCAGGGCAAUUGCAAAGCGACCUUGAUCAAUUAUCUGCAAUGGCAGGAGCAAAUUGGGCUGAACAAGUUAACAUCAAUCUCAACAAAAUGAAGGUAGAUAAUAAUUCCCAGGAGAUGGAGGACUGGAGGAAGCAGUCAAUCUAUAAACUUACUACCAGCAUCACAGACCUAAACAAGAAGGCCUACAUCCCUCAAGCAGUCUCUUUCGGCCCUUACCAUCACGGAAAAGCUCAUCUGCUGCCAAUGGAGGAGCACAAGGAACGAGCGCUGCUUCAUUUUCUAAAGAGAUCAAAUAAACAUCCACAAUUGUUGAUUGAUUCCUUGGCAGACAUGGUGAAGGAUUUGAAAUCCUCAUAUGCUAUGCUUCCAACAAAGUGGCAAGAAGAUGACAACAAAUUCAUACAGCUGAUGAUCCUUGAUGGCUGUUUCAUGCUCGAAAUCUUGCAUAGCUACGAGCAGAGACUGGAAGACUAUGCUGACAGUGACCCAAUCUUCAGCAAGCAUGGGAAGCUUCAUAUGAUCCCGCAUAUGAGGCGUGAUAUGUUGAUCAUCGAAAAUCAGUUGCCAAUGCUGGUUCUUGAAACGCUCUUAGCUUGCAAGACUGAACAAAAGGAUGAUGAGCAUCUCAACAAGCUCAUACUGAACUUAUGCUCGCCCAAUACAAUGGUGCCGCCAGUCCUGGGUAAAUGCCUUCAUGUUCUGGAUGUAUAUAGAAAGAGUCUACUUCACGGAGAACAAUAUCAGGGAGGUGGUACAGAAAGCAUUGAUGGUGUUAUCAUCCCAUCUGCAACAGAGCUUAAUGAAGCUGGAAUCCGGUUCAGGAGAAGUAAAACUGCAAGCCUUGAAGACAUUUCGUUCAAACGCGGAACCCUUAGACUUCCUCCUAUAACCAUUGACGAUGCCACUGAAUCGAUGUUCUUGAAUCUGAUAGCCUUUGAGCGGUACCACGUUGGGGCGGGCAACCAGGUCACAUCCUAUAUAUUCUUCAUGGAUAAUAUCAUCGACACCGGAAAAGAUGUGGCGCUCCUAGAAUCAAGACAGAUCCUGCAGAAUGCGUUGGGAAGUGACAAAGCUGUUGCUGACCUGUUCAACUCACUCUCUAAAGACACAACACUGGACCCAGAUAGCAAGCUAAGUCUGGUACAGAACAAUGUCCUAAAAUACUACAAUAAGCCCUGGAAUGAGUGGAAAGCCAAUCUCAUUCACACAUAUUUCAGAAAUCCUUGGGCUCUUAUAACCCUUUUAGCUGCCGUAAUCCUUUUUGCCCUCACCAUAGUCCAGACUGUCUAUACCGUAUAUCCUUAUUUCCAAAAUGACUCUCCUCCCCCACCUCCAGCCGUUCCUCCUCCUCCACCUCCGGCUGUUCCUCCUCCUCCACAACCGGUUUCCAGAAGAAGUGGUUACCAUCAUCACAUGUAGGCAGCCAGAGUGCACUUUAAAUGUGUUGCAUUACAUGUUUUUUUGCAUUUUACUGGGUCAUGAUACCUUGAUUUCGUAAGAUGAGUUGCAACCAUAGGGAAAAUUUGUUUAUAAUAAGUUCUGUCUAUGUCAUGAGAACAUGAAAUGUAAUAAAAUGGGUGGUUGUUGCAGGUA